AAACCAGAAAAUGAAUUAAUCCUAUCAAACCAGAAAAACCAAAGGAAAAUGAAUUAUUGCUUCGAGGAGAAAUUCGAAACACAAUAUCCACAACCGAUUGAUCAAAGCAUGUUUGCAAGUGUGGAAGAAACAGUAGUAGUAGAUGAGCUGAUGCAGAUUCUGGUGGAGUGUGUGAAGCAAGCAGAUGUGAGAGGACAGGAGCUUCUGCUUAGGAAAUUUUUCUUCGAAAUUGAGAAAGAGAUUCCCCUCCAAGGAUUCCUCGUUGAUAGACUGAAGCACUCCAAAAUCAGCUCUCUCUUCCACAGCGACUCGGCUUGCUCAGACGAUUUUUUCCAGUCGGAAUCGGAGGUGAUGAGCUCAAGAGAACUGAUUGUAGAGGAAGAGGAAGAAGAGACGUCGAAGAAGCCGGAGCGAUUUAAGGUUAAAACUGUGCAAGUUGGUGGAGUUGUCAAGGAGGAAACUACAAGAUGACAAUUAUUUAAUACUAGUACACUGUUAUCAAUUCUUUUAUUCUUUUUUAUACUUGAGUUCAUGAGAGAUUUUGUAUGUGCGUGUGUUGUUGUAUUUUAGUUUGCUCUAAUCAAUAAAUCUUCCAAAUGAAGCGUAUUUUAGUUUGCUCUAA